GAUUUACAGUAAAACAUCUGGAACAUUUGAUAAAGAAGGCGGAUCAAAUCUUCACACGCGUGUCAGAUUACUCUCCAGUUUAUUGCCUCACAGUGUCGAGUUCUUCAGAAGUUUUAAGAUCUUGAUGUCACAACUCAAAGCCCCAAAUAAUAGUUUAUUUCUGUUAAUCUGAAGUCUGUACUGGAAGAUGGAUUACCGCAGCGCUGUAGUAAAAGUUCUGCUUUUUCUCCCGUUUUUUCUCCGUCUGUCAUCAGCGGUCACACACACUCUGGAGUACAGUUACACUAUGGUCACACCAGGAAACAAUUUCACUUCUGUUGGUCUGUUGGAUGGAGAGGAGUUUAUGUACUACGACAGCAAUACAGCAAGGAUGACCCCAAAGACAGAGUGGAUCAAUAAUGAGACUGAUUCAUCUUACUGGCAGAAAGAGACAAAUGAUGUGAAGUUUCAAAAGGAUUGGCUCAAAGACAAGCUUGAUGUUUUGAGCCCUAAACAAAUUAAAGAAGUUAAUACACUACAGAGGGUGUACGGCUGUGAGAUUGAUGAUAAGAACGUCACUAGAGGAUAUGAUAAGUCCAUAUACAAUGGAAGAGACUUCAUCAGUCUGGAUCUGAACACUGGAACCUGGACUGCAGUAGAUGAUCGAGCUCAGAAUUUUGCAAAGGAGUGGAAUCCUAAGGCUGGUUUCUGGAAGAACUUUGUGGAGAUAAUGUGUAUUGAUCGCUUACAGAGCUACAAGAAAUAUAGCACAAAGAAGGAGGAUUCAGGAGGAGCUGAGGGAAGAUCAGAGGGAGGAGCUGAGGGAAGAUCAGAUAUACCAGAAGGAGGAUCAGAUGGACAAUCAGAUGCAGAGAAGACGGUCGUCACUGUUGUGGUUGUUCUUGUUCUUGUUGCUGCUGCUGCUGCUGGAUUUGUCAUCUAUAAGAAGAAGCUUUGUGCCCAUUUAAGAAGUGGAUAUAUUGGAGCCCGUCAGAAUCCCAAGCAGUGAGGUGCAGAGUGUACACCAUUACUGUGCCAUUAUUGCCCCAGUUUAUAAAGUAAGACCUUCACAGCUAAAACGUUCCUUCAGCAGUGGAUUCAUCCUGCAGCUGGACUGUGAUCAGAUGAUGGUGUGAGAUGAUGGACUGAGUUCAGGACUCACUGUCAGGGCUCCAGACAAAAAUACAUUUUUAGUGGCCUGUGACUAUUAAAACCCCAAAUAUUUAUGGGCCAAAUAAAAUUUUUAGGAGACAAAAUUUAACCCUUUUUAUAAGGUAACCAGAUGAACUCCUGUAGCCACGUGAUUACAAGACUUUUCAGAAGCUGUGCUUUACCAACAUUAUCUAAUAAUGAUGACUGAAUAGCAAAUAAAUCCGGCUGGGAUGACUAUAAUAAAAACAUACGUGGAGCUUGCAUGGGAUAUGGCCUUGUUUUAAAGGAAGUUUCCAUAACAGGCAGCAGGGAAUAACUGUUUAAAGUACAUUAUAAAUUGGAUCACAGCAACAGACUAAUGUUUAUUGCUUCAAAUAAUGACAAGUAAUACAUUCUCAUGCACAUCAUGCAUAUUUCAUGCAUGAAGUUAUUUGUAAAAAGAAACAAUUUUUUCUCCUAUCUUCCGAGGUCGUUUUAGGCUGAUGAAAUGUAGCAGUAAUUUUGAUAAAAAAAUACUCCUUCUCUUUCUGUUCCUCACUUUCCCCCUCCCCUUCCACAUGCACACACAAACUCACUUUUACUUUUGCAUGCAUAGAUAAAAUAAAACUAUCUUCACAUAGACAGCGGUAUUAAAAAAGAAAGUACACGGCCUGAGACACUUUGUCUGCUGAGCGGGGUGAUAAUUUGUCCAGCAGCUCAUCUGCUCCAGAUCACCCGUGUUUGUGUUGUGUAUAUUUGUGCUUUCCUCUUAGUGUAGGCCUUUUAAUUAACAUUAUUAUAAGAAUAUCUUAACAUAGACUUGUACACUAAUUAACACAGAUUUACCAAAGAAAAUGUUUUUUAAAGUAUUUUUCUGCAACUUUAUACAGUAUAUAUCGAUGAGUUUAAGGUUGACGUUUGUGGCACUUUUCUAUUUAGAAUUUUUUUGUACAUUUUUUGCACUUUAUCUAGUUACUUGGUAUUUAUUACGUAUAUAUUCUUGACUGUUAGGAUGUAAGGAUAACACUAAUGUUUGACAUGAAAAUGCUCCAAAACUGUCAAUACAACAUGUAAAAAUACUGAGAUAUUCUGUUGGAACUGUCCUAUGGCAGGAUUUUAAGGAUUAAAUCAGGUAGUAAUUCCAUAAGUCCGUAAGCGCUGUAGUGAGUUCUGUAUGAAUUAUGAUUUUUGGUUUAUUUGCUUUUUACUCAUUUGAUUCACUUGUUUUUGUUCUGUCCUCAUGAUUUUUUAUUUCUUUUGUUACUGAGCUGGGGAAUUUGUGUGGAUUAUAAAUAAGGACACUGUUUGUAUUUGCCUUUUAAAGUUGUCUUGCAUUUGUCCCUUCUGUAGCUGAUAUUCUCACUUACCUUCAGUAAGAGUUUUAAACCUUUCUCUGGUUUGGACCUGCAGUUUCUGGGUGGGGUGGGUCAGAUACACCUUCAUAACACCCCAGUUUAUCACAGGCUACUACAAAGGGCUGGGACCAGGGGUGAUGACUUUCCUGAUUACUACAACAUUCUGAAAAAUAAAGUUUUUAUUGGAUUUUAAUUUUGAUACACUAUAUUAUAUAAAUACAAC